CUGCUGCUCCAUCAUAGGUCAGGCCCCCGGGCCGGGGUGGGCAGCCCCGGGAGGCAGCCAAUCCUGGUUCCCGCAGUGCGGGGAGGAGCCUGCUUCUCUCGGGGGCUUCAUUCCACGGCUGCAGCUUCUCCCCUCGGACGAGCCUCGGCGGCCUCGCCCUCCCUCCCCCGCCGGCGCUGGCCUGACCCAUUCGGAUCAGGCCAUCCAACUUUCCUGGUCCUGUGACCCUCACACUAAAAGACAGAGGUCAGAACUUGUGGUGAUGACUCAAGAGCCAUCUAAAGACAGAGAUUUUCCUCUGAGUUCUUGUUCAGCAGGUGACAGCAGCCUCAUGGUGAAGAUCAAGUGGGAGAAGCAAGAGUGGCUUUCCCAGACUUUGGAGGUCCCCUCCAUUCUGCCAGAAAAAGACAAGGAAAACAUCUUCCAGCGUCCGCUAAGUCAUCCACUUCGCCAGGCUUUGGGGAAGCCUCGAAUCCCAGGAGGGUGGGAAGAGGCCCAAGGCCCAGGGCAAAUUCCCACUGCUCAGUGGAUGGUGGGGUCGGUGGGCCGUGGAUCCACAGCAGUCCCAGCACCUCUUGGUCCACAGUUUCCGGGAGGUGAGGGACACUUUGCGUGCACAGACUGUGGGAAGAGGUUUAGUUGGUGGUCCUCACUGAAUAUCCACCAGCGUACUCACACAGGAGAGAAGCCUUAUCACUGUGGCAAGUGUGGCAAGAGCUUCAGCCAGAAGCCAAACCUGGUCAGGCACCAGAGGCAUCACACAGGGGAGCGACCCUUCCACUGCUCCGAGUGUGAGAGGCGCUUUAGCCAGAAGCAGCACCUUCUCAAACACCAGAAGACCCAUUCCCGUCCUGCAAUCUACCCUUGUCCUGAAUGUGAGCGCCGUUUCCGGCACAAAGUUGCCCUCCGCGUCCACCAGCGGACCCACACACGUGACCGUCAGCUGGCCCGGGCUGAGCUCCAGAAGCUCCUCAAAGACAAGGUGACCCGGAAGACCCGCCGGCCCUCAUCAGCUUCCCGAGAGUUACCAGGCUGUCCCUGGGUGGAAGCUGGUAGAGGAUGGAAGACUCGGUCUACCUCUAAGGCUCAGACCUCUGCUGCCGGCUCAGGGGAGCAGCGGCAGUUCAUAUGUAAUGAGUGUGGAAAGAGUUUCACAUGGUGGUCAUCUUUGAACAUUCACCAGCGGAUCCAUACAGGGGAGCAACCUUAUGCCUGUCCAGAGUGUGGGCGGCGCUUUAGCCAGAAGCCCAACCUGACCCGCCACCUUCGUAACCACACAGGUGAACGACCCCACCUGUGCUCCGAUUGUGGCCGUGGCUUCCGGCAGAAGCAGCAUCUGCUCAAGCACCAGCGUACACACCGAGUUGGGGAGAAGUCUUCCUUAUGCCCUGGCUGUGGGGAGAGCUGCCCCAGCCGGGCAGCCCUGCGGGCUCACCAGAGGGCCCAUGCUGCUGCUGAGCUGCUCCACGGGGCAGCCCUCCGGGGCCGGAUGAUGGUGGCAGUGGCCAGUGUGGAACCAGGGUCAGGUUUAAUGCAGCCUGCAGAGUAUGCACUGGGCUUCCCUCUACAGCCACCGCCAAUGUCCCAGGUCCUACAAGGAGAUGAAGUUGUCUUGCUGGGCAGGGAGCCACGCUGGGGCAGGGGCCCAGUGGGCAUGGCUCAAGUGGGUGGAGGAGUCCCCACAUCUGGCACUGCUGAGCAGCGUCAGUUCAUCUGCAAUGAAUGUGGUAAGAGCUUCACCUGGUGGUCUGCACUCACCAUCCACCAGCGGAGUCACACUGGGGAACGGCCCUACCCUUGCCCAGAUUGUGGUCGUUGCUUCAGCCAAAAGCCCAACUUGACUCGGCAUCAGCGGAACCACACAGGCGAGCGGCCCUACCUGUGUGCUGACUGUGGCAAGGGCUUCAGCCAGAAGCAGCAUUUGCUUAAACACCAUCGUGUCCACAGAGGUGGGGGCCAGGUAGUUCUUGCCACUGCACACAGUAUCAAGGAAGAACCUUAAUGGAUGGAGCUAAGACUCAGGAAGUCUUCACAUUUGGGGGUUGUGUGCAUGUGUGUGAUGGGGGGAGGGUGGGAGAUGGGCGGGGGUUAUAGUUGAUCUAAUUGCUUGGACAGUAGACCCCUGAGAGCAUCAAUUUUUCUAGGGAGGUGUCUCUCCAACCCUAACUCAAGGGGAAGAGUUUUCUUCAUGGCUUAGAAACUCAUCCUCCAAACAGCCUAUGGAUGGGUCCUGAGAUGGCCUUGAGUAUGAUGGGGUUGGAUUAGACCAGAUUAUAUUAACUCCAGGGAUUGACUUCUUCCUGUUUUACUCUCUAUCCCUUUCUUCAGGGGGCACAUAGUGACCCUAGAUGAAAGUAGCACCAUAGGAAGGAAACUUCACAAAUACUUGUAGAGGUCCAAGGUAUGGGAUGCCUAGGAUGCAAGCUAAAAUAGUCUCAGCCAGGUGCCAAAGGGUUUUUGUGACUACACUCAGAUGCAUCAUCAACAUUGGAAGCCUGAAGUCUUCUGAUGAUCCAGGUGGGAUGAGGGAGAUGUCCCAGCCCAUCCAGUCCAAGGUAGGAGGGUGGGAGGCUUGGUCCAAGAGUAAUGAGGAUGGUGCCCAAUUGUCAUUUGAUACUUUUGAGGUUCCAGGAGAAUAGCAAUAUCAAAUGUCACUUGAAAAAAGUGGUACCCAAGGUAGGAUGAAGACAAUUUACUUGGCUCUUUAUCAAGAAUGUUUUAUUAAAGAAAAAUGAAGGAUCAAA